UAUCGAAUCAAAAAGUGAGUGCUAAACAGCCAAUAAGCAAGCAUUUAAAGGGAAAUCCCUCUGAUUAAAAAACUAUCGAUCAAUAAGUGAGCUAUAAUCUAAUAGUGAGUUUGUUGUAAAAGUUUUUUUUGGUGGAAAUAACAGUGAAUAAGUGCCAGUUUCUUUUCCUGUGAAAAACAUAACAUCACUCAAGAUGCCGGAAGCCGAGGUUGAAACUUUUGCGUUCCAGGCUGAGAUCGCUCAGCUGAUGUCGCUGAUCAUCAACACGUUCUACUCGAACAAGGAAAUCUUCCUGCGUGAGUUGAUCUCCAAUUCGUCCGAUGCCCUGGACAAGAUCCGCUAUGAAUCGUUAACGGAUCCCUCAAAACUGGACAGCGGUAAAGAGCUGUUCAUUAAGAUCAUCCCGAACAAGGAAGCCGGCACGUUGACUCUGAUUGAUACCGGUAUCGGUAUGACGAAAGCUGACCUGGUCAACAAUCUCGGUACGAUCGCCAAGUCCGGUACGAAGGCUUUCAUGGAGGCUCUGCAAGCCGGUGCUGAUAUCAGCAUGAUCGGUCAGUUCGGUGUGGGUUUCUAUUCUGCUUAUCUGGUUGCCGACAAGGUCGUCGUCACUUCCAAGAGCAACGAUGAUGAGCAGUACGUGUGGGAAUCGUCGGCUGGAGGUUCGUUUACUGUUCGUACUGACGCCGGUGAGCCACUGGGACGCGGUACCAAGAUUGUGUUGCACAUCAAGGAAGACCAACUGGAGUACCUUGAGGAAAGCAAAAUCAAAACCAUCGUGAACAAGCACUCGCAGUUCAUUGGCUAUCCGAUUAAGCUAUUGGUCGAAAAGGAACGCGAGAAGGAAGUCAGCGAUGAUGAAGCUGAAGAGGAGAAGGAAGACAAAAAAGAAGAGGAAAAGAAAGACGACGAACCAAAGAUUGAAGACGUCGAGGAUGAUGAAGACAAGAAGGACAAGAAAAAGAAGACCGUAAAGGUUAAGUACACCGAGGACGAGGAAUUGAAUAAGACGAAACCAAUUUGGACUCGCAAUGCUGACGACAUCUCACAGGAAGAGUACGGAGAGUUCUACAAAUCGCUGACUAACGAUUGGGAAGACCAUUUGGCCGUGAAGCAUUUCUCGGUUGAAGGUCAAUUGGACUUCCGUGCGCUGCUCUUCGUGCCUCGUCGCAUGCCGUUCGACCUUUUCGAGAAUAAGAAGAAGAAGAACAACAUUAAGUUGUACGUCCGUCGUGUCUUCAUUAUGGACAACUGCGAGGAAUUGAUUCCGGACUACCUGAACUUCAUUAAGGGUGUUGUCGAUUCGGAAGAUCUUCCACUGAACAUCUCUCGUGAAAUGUUGCAGCAGAAUAAAAUUCUUAAGGUCAUCCGCAAGAAUCUGGUGAAGAAAUGCUUGGAGCUGUUCGAAGAGCUGUCCGAGGAUAAGGAAACCUACAAGAAGUUCUAUGAUCAGUUCAGCAAGAAUCUCAAGUUGGGAGUUCACGAGGAUAGCCAGAAUCGUCAGAAGUUGGCUGACUUGCUUCGAUUCAACACAUCCGCCUCAGGCGAUGAAUAUUGUUCAUUAGCUGAUUACGUCGGACGCAUGAAGGAGAACCAGAAGCACAUUUACUUCAUCACUGGUGAAAGCAUUGAACAGGUCAAGAACUCUGCUUUCGUAGAACGAGUUAAGAAACGUGGCUUUGAAGUACUUUACAUGACCGAAGCCAUCGAUGAAUAUGUCAUCCAGCAGCUGAAGGAAUACCAAGGCAAACAGCUGGUCUGUGUUACCAAGGAAGGACUUGAGCUGCCGGAGGAUGAAGCCGAAAAGAAAAAGCGUGAAGAAGAUAAGGCUAAGUUCGAAAACCUAUGCAAGGUCAUGAAGUCGGUUCUGGACAGCAAAGUCGAGAAAGUGGUCGUUUCGAACCGUCUAGUUGACUCGCCCUGCUGUAUCGUCACGUCCCAGUACGGUUGGUCUGCCAACAUGGAACGUAUCAUGAAGGCCCAGGCUCUGCGUGAUUCAUCUGCCAUGGGCUACAUGGCCGGUAAGAAACACCUGGAAAUCAACCCGGAUCAUUCGAUCAUUGAAACCCUUCGGCAGCGGGCUGAGGCCGAUAAGAACGACAAGGCCGUCAAGGAUCUGGUUAUCCUUCUGUUCGAAACUGCCCUACUUUCGUCUGGUUUCUCCCUGGACGAGCCCGGAGUACACGCCUCCCGCAUUUACCGCAUGAUCAAAUUGGGUCUCGGUAUCGACGAGGACGAUACGACGAUGAGCACGGAAGAGUCUGCUCCAGCUGCCGGCGGUGAUGCCCCACCGCUAGUGGACGAUUCGGAAGAUGCUUCGCACAUGGAGGAGGUCGACUAAUUUAAUCGCGAAACCAUCGUUUAGCGUUGAGCUCGAAAAACUGACUUACAAAUUAAUUUUAGCUUAGCCACUCAUCUAUUCCAAAAAUUCAGUUCGUUUUAUAUCUCAAGAGCGUUUAGUUUGCAAAAUCCCGCUUAGAUUCUAACGGUUUUUGUUCCGCGUUGUAGCGGUAACGGAAGUUUGCUGUACAUUCUGGUCAUUUAUUUUUAAUUCUACACGUUUCGAACUGAUUACAUUUAUAGAUUUGAAGUAAGUGAUACAUUAAAAGGUGUAUUUAAUAAAUAACAGUUGAAU